UCGUCGAAAGACUUUCUUAUCCGCCGAUCUGUCAAAAAAUGUAAAUGUAAGACUGUGAUUAAUGUUUAAGGUUUCUAACAUACGGUAAUGUAAUCAAAGCAAAUUAUCCGAUUAAGUCGGAAUAUUGGACGGAUGUGGAAAGAAACCUUUUAAGCGGUAUUGAAAAUAUAUCAUCUAUUUUUUAAAUGCCAUUAUGGCUCUUCGUAAAGUAAAAGGGAAUUUCGAACGUAUGUUCGACAAAAAUCUGACGGAUUUAGUACGUGGAAUUAGGAACAACAAGGAAAACGAGGCAAAAUAUAUUGCACAAUGUAUAGAAGAGAUCAAACAAGAAUUACGACAAGACAAUGUUGCGGUCAAAGCGAACGCUGUAGCGAAGCUAACAUAUCUUCAAAUGUUGGGGUAUGAUAUUAGCUGGGCUGGUUUCAACAUAAUCGAAGUGAUGUCAUCAGCAAAAUUUACAUAUAAACGAAUCGGUUAUUUAGCGGGAAGUCAGAGUUUUCAUGCGGAUACGGAACUUUUGAUGUUGACUACCAACAUGAUUCGUAAAGACUUGAACAGCCAAAAUCAGUACGACGCUGGUUUGGCUCUGAGCGGUCUAUCUUGCUUCAUAAGCUCAGAUCUUGCACGCGAUUUAGUUAACGACAUAAUGACAUUAUUAACAUCUACGAAGCCGUACUUGCGUAAGAAAGCUGUACUGAUGAUGUACAAAGUUUUCUUACGAUUUCCAGAGGCUUUACGGCCUGCAUUUCCAAGAUUGAAAGAAAAGUUGGAAGAUCCGGACAGCGGCGUGCAAAGCGCCGCAGUUAAUGUAGUUUGCGAAUUAGCAAGAAAGAAUCCAAAAAACUAUUUAAGUCUAGCACCUGUAUUUUUCAAGCUCAUGACAACGUCUACCAAUAACUGGAUGCUAAUAAAAAUUAUUAAACUGUUUGGCGCGUUGACACCUCUAGAACCUAGGCUUGGCAAAAAAUUAAUAGAACCCCUUACAAAUUUAAUACACAGUACAUCAGCAAUGUCUCUAUUGUACGAAUGUAUAAAUACAGUAAUAGCUGUAUUAAUUUCGAUUUCAUCUGGCAUGCCAAAUCACUCUGAUUCAAUACAGUUGUGUGUUCAAAAGUUAAGGAUACUGAUAGAAGAUUCUGAUCAAAAUUUGAAGUACUUGGGGCUGCUAGCAAUGUCGAAAAUUUUGAAGACUCAUCCUAAGAGCGUGCAAGCCCACAAAGAUCUUAUAAUGCAAUGCUUGGAUGAUAAAGAUGAAAGUAUAAGAUUGCGUGCCUUGGAUUUACUAUAUGGAAUGGUCUCGAAGAAAAAUUUAAUGGAAAUAGUUAAGAAAUUAAUGGUGCAUAUGGAUAAAGCUGAGGGCACUGCUUACAGAGACGAACUGCUCUCGAAAAUUAUUCAGAUCUGUUCGCAAAAUAAUUAUCAAUUUGUUACUUACUUUGAAUGGUACAUAUCUGUAUUGGUUGAACUUACACGAAUGGAAGGUACCAAACAUGGACCAUUAGUAGCGACUCAAUUACUUGACGUAGCAAUUCGUGUACAAGCUAUACGAAAAUAUGCAGUUCAACAAUGUGCCUUACUGCUAGAGAAUUCAUACCUUUUAACAGGUCAGCCAAGAGCAACGAUGUCUGAAGUUUUAUAUGCCGCUGCAUGGAUUUGUGGGGAGUUCUCCAGCGAAUUAGAAGAUCCUCUGGCAACGUUACAGUCGAUGUUAAGAUCGCAAGCUUCUAGCUUACCAGGGCAUAUUCAAGCUGUUUAUGUUCAUAACAUUUUAAAACUUACUACAGCGACAUUAUGUACAGCUGAAAUGUAUGAGGAUACUGACAAAAUGAACCAGAUUUAUGAACUGAAAGAUAAAAUAGCAGCUUUUGUGUGCAGUGGGGAUUUAGAGGUUCAAGAAAGAUCCAGUUCUGCACUGGUUUUACUUGAAUGUUUGAAAGAAAAUCCUGGCUUGGCACGAGAGCUUAUGGAAGCGUUCGAAGGUGAACUUAAUCCUGUUGCACCCAAAGCACAACGAAAGGUGCCAAUUCCUGAGGAUCUGGACUUAGAUUCAUGGAUUAACGAUCCACCGUCAGAAAGUUCAGAUUCAGAAGAUUUAGAUAUGAAUGAUAUUUUUAUUAAAACAGAUAAAACAAAUGAUUCCUAUUGUAAACGAGAAUUUAAUGAGCCGUCGGCAGAAGAGCUUGAAAAGCGUCGUGAAGCUAGAAAAUUGGAGCAACAAAACAACCCACAUUACUUGAAAGGCACGUUUAAGAACUCCCGAUCAUAUCACAAUUCAUCGAACAUUUACGAAGAGUUUGAAAACAUUCCUGUCGCGGAGUUGGAUAUUCCGGUUUCUUUAAAGAUCGUAAACAGUCAUAAGAGGUAUAAAGUGCACGGUAAAAAAAAGAAGAAAUCCAAGAAAAAUAAAAAAUCUGCCUCAGAAGACGAACAAGACGAUGAUUAUCCUAUUCAAGUGGUGAAUACAGGUAUAGGUGAACUUCCACCCGGUGCAGAACUAAGCGAUAGCGAUGAUUAUGAUAAAGUGGAUGCGAAUGAUCCUCACAGAGCUCUAAAUAUUGACCUAGAUAUGCCUUUGAGGGAAGAUGAAAGGUUGCCUGUCCUAGAGCAUAGAGUUCUUGAAAACAAUUUGAUUCGAGAAAGUACUGAAAUUAAAGGAAACAAAAAAGAAAAAGGACACAAGAAGUCUAAGAAGAAAGUUAAAGAAAUUAAAGAGAAACGACAUGACAAUCAGCUGGAACUUGCCGACAUGUGGUUGGAAAAUAAUAUUCCUUCGGAAAAUAUUCAGUCUUCUGUUAUCAAUGAAUAUACACAGGUGUUCGGUGAUAAAGAUUCGGAACAGAAGGAUGUUAAACAUAAAAAAUCAAAAAGCCAAAAGAAGCAUAAGAAAACUGACGAUGACACAAAACAUCGAAAGUCAAAGAAGUCUAAAAGUAAAAGGGACAAGAAAUCUUCAGAUUACGAAGAAACAGCAGGAAUCUCGACUCCGUCAAAAGAAAUAUUACCAGACUUGAGAUACAGUUUUACAAAUUCCGAUGAGAAAAAACCGUUCACGGAAUUAUUGAAUCCGUACGAAGAGUUAGCUAAAGAUAAAGUGAUUUCAAUGACGUAUUACUUGGAACAAAUUCCUCAAGAGUCAAAUAAGUUACUAGCGAUAGUGCAGAUUGUGAAUUACUGUCAAAAUCCUGUAAAGGAACUAGUUUUUGAUGUUCUAGAUACAUCUUCGCUAAGAUUAAUGAGAAAUGUUGGAGAUGAAUUUGGUAUAAAAGUGCCAUUCCAACUGCCUUCGGAGACUAGUAAAGAAAUAAAAUUUACUAUCAUAAUUUCAGAUGUGACAUUUGCUCAGAAAUUGAGGGGCACGCUUACGUACAUGAUAGAAAACAAGGAAAGUACUUUACAGGAAAAAAUUGAUUUUACUAUGACGCUGCCAUGUAGUACGUUUAUGUUCCGUCCUUUUUCACACAAGGACAUACCGACAGAAUUAAUACUUAAAACUGGACUCAUAUACAAAGUCAAAAAGGACGUAGUUCUUUCCCGAGAUUUUCGUUACACUUUAAAUUUCAUCUGCUGUAAGUUCAAUUUCAUUAUUGUGGAAAGAAUUGGCGACACUGUGGCCCUCUAUGGACAAUCUCUGAAAGGACAUCAUGUGUGCCUUUUAUGGAAAUAUGACAGAUCAUCGCGCAAUUUGGUAAUCGAAGGUAAAGGUGACAAUAACAGAUUACUGUCAGGAAUUGUGGAUGAAAUUGUGAGGUUCCUGACAAUUUGGAUAUGAAGUGAAGUGUCUAUAUUUUACGAUUCCUAUCAUUCAUUGCAGUCAUGUCCAUUACAUUACAGUAAGACGAACAUCUGACAGCAUUCAUUAAAUAUAAAAUAAUGGCUAUAGAAAAUUUAUCUACAAACUUACUCAAUAUUUUCAGAACAAAAUCUUAUCUAAACUCUGCGUCUAAUUUAUGCUAGAUGCAUACGAGUGGUACGUUCUAUGUUGUCUCUUGUAAUUUGAAACAGCCGAGACAGACAUAGGAAUGCUGGUCUUGUCUGGCUUCGUUGUUUCAAUUGCGAAGCAAGAAAAAACAUAGAAACGACGAUGCACCUCUCGUGUGCAUCGAGGCUUAGGUAAUACAAUUUGUUACAUAUACAUAUAAACAUAUACAUGUAUCUGUAUAAAUAGACACAUGUACGAAGGCAUAUACGUGUGCGUAUUGUUUUAACAAAAGAAAAGAGAUUUAUUGCCAGGAAUUGAAGAUAUCGGAACAAAAGUAGUUCAUUUUAACUACACCAACGGUUUUCAACUUAUUUGUUUUACAGACCUUGGUAGUCUAACAGAGACUCCUCCUCUCUCAAAAUAACGUUCAAGUAUUAUUAAAAUUAAUGUCAAAGACGAAGAUUUCUUUCAAGGAAUAUCAAAAUCCUUGGAGACUUUUUGCGUUUAGAUUUUAUCAAAAUUUUUGUUCUGUGAUACUUCAUACUUGGUAUGAACAUUUCAUUUCGUUUUUAGGUAUAAUUUCUGCAACAAAAAUAAAUAUUUAAUAUUUCUGUGUGCAAGUUCACGAAUCUUCAGAAAUCUAUCUACGACCCUUUUGGGGUCCGUGGACUCCUGGUUGAGAACCACUGUUCUAUAAUUUUAAUUCGUAAAUUAAAGUGCAAUAAUAAGAUAGCGGAUAAAAUAUUCAUUAUCGUCACAGGUAUGUAAAUAUUAUUUCAAAAUUUUUGCGACAAUUUUAAGAGGUAAUUUUUUUCUUAAAAAUUGGUCGAAUCAAAUUUCAUCUAGAUAUGAAUAAAAAUUGUAUAAUCCAUAAUAUUAAGCAAAAGCAUACAAGUAUCUAAUUGUAAAAUAUUAUAAUAAAAAAGAACAAAGGUCUGUACAUUAAAAAUUGACUACUUUAUAGGCUGAUAUCUUCAAUUUUGUGUUAUUAGAAGAUUAAUAUCGUAAUUAUAUUGUUGAACUUAUUAAAUUGUAAAGUACACUACGGAUACUCGCGAAUUGUGUGAAUGUACAUCGAUGUUUCUCAGCGAAGUGUAUACUUCCUGCAUGUAAUGAAUUUGUAAUAUCAAUAAUUUAUUACGUAUAAGGAUCUAUGAUACACAUAUAAAUAAGUAAAACAGUAACACAUGAAACACCAAAUGUAAAUAGCUAAUACUUGUAUCCUAUACUGAUAAACAAUAUUUUCAUUUUAAAUAUCUUCCAAGAAUGAAUUUCAUUUACAUAAACUAUUAAGCAAUUAAUUUCGUUAUAUACUGGAUGGCCCAAUAAUUUUAACCAAUUUUAAUAUCUCCAUUUAUUUUUGAAAACAUGGAAAGAUCUUAUUUACGAAAGUUGUUCAGUAUGGUGGUAGUCAUAGUUACAACUCUAGUAAAUGAAGUUUUUCCAUAUUUUUAAAUAUUAUGGAAAUAUUCAAGUUAACGAGCUCCUCUAUAUAACUUUUUUUCUACAUGCACGUUUGAAAGUUGUUCUUGAAUGUUCAGUUAGAAUUUCGAAUCAUCAUUUUAGUUCAGUGAUAACAAAUAAACCA